GAGAGGUUGCGUGGAGGGGGAUGGGUCGAGACUGGUUAGCAUGGAAGAACCUUGAGGGUUCUGAGGCACCAGAGGAUGUCCUUUGACCGCCUUGAUGAGUCACGUGGACUGACGGGGGCGGGGCGGAAAGGCUGGAUAAGUUCCUUCCGGGUCAGUGACAGAAGCGUGGACUCCGCUGAGUAGUUGCUGGCGUCUUGGUCCGCUCCGCGUCUUCCUCGUAUCAACGCGAGGUGAUUGUGGUUUCCACGAUGAGCUCCCAGAAAGGGAACGUGGCUCGUUCCAGGCCUCAGAGGCACCAGAAUACGUUUAGCUUCAAAAAUGACAAGUUUGAUAAGAGUAUUCAGACCAAGAAAAUUAAUGCAAAGCUUCAUGAUGGAGUUUGUCAGCGCUGUAAAGAAGUUCUUGAAUGGCGUGUAAAAUACAGCAAAUAUAAACCAUUGUCAAAGCCUAAAAAAUGCAAGCCAGCGAAGAAGGUAUCGUCAUUAUCCAAAUGUUGCAGAUGACGAAACUGAGGCAUGGAGAGGUUAAUAAUUUGCCCAAGAUCACUCAACAAGUAAGUGGCAAGAACUCAAGAGCCCACACUUUUUAACCAUGACACGCUGCUAUUUAUUGAGUGGACAACAUGUAUGGAAACUCUACACAAAUUAUUUAUGACAUGACCCUGAAAGAUGGCCAUUAUUAACCUCCUCCUUUGAUAGAUAAGAGAAGUGCGGAGACUCUGAGUAAUUUCCCCAAUGUUGUUCAGUGAGCUGGGACUCAAAUCCAGAUGUGCCUGAUGCCUAAAUCCAUGCUUUUUGCUUUACAUUCUACUACGUCUUAGUAUCCCCAAGGAGGAGCCCUCUCAGACUGGACUGAGUAGCUGCUCUUUCCAAUCGGAAGAAGUGCGGUGCUCAGAACUGAGCGUUUCAGGUGUUCUUGUUAUUAAUCCACUGAGAUGCUUGGAUUGAAAGAAAGUAGCUCUGGAGUCUUGCUGAGAGGGGAGUUGGGUCGUAAGGCCUAAGGGGCAGGACCCUCCCAGAAGUGAUGACUGAGAAUGGGAUUUUAAAGCCCAAAGCCACAACUUCUCCUACAAGGCAGAGGUAGAUAAAGUAACAACCACCAGGGAACUAGACAGGUGCAUGAAAUGACUUCGGGGGAAGCUCAUUCUGUGUGCAUUGCACCAGACCUGCUAGUCAGUCUUCUUUUUUUCAUGUUUCCUCAAUGAUCUGACCCAUUCGAUACUCAUUAUCUUUCAUAUCUCCCAAGAGGAGACUUAUGGGGACUUUGGUUUUUGGCCAAGAGAAGUCCAGGGUCAUGCACGUACACAAGUUCUUCAGGUCUUAUUUCUCUGAAUAUUUUUCCAUAUUCCUCAUUAAUCUUAAAUAUCUCUUAUGAUUAUUUCCUAACAGUCAAAUUCUUCCAAAUGUAUUACCAAAUGUAAUUGUGCAUAUGUAUGUGUUUGUGUGUGUUUGAUGUUGAAGGGACUAUUUAUAAUGACUAUUAUGUUCUCACGUUGGAGUUUUAUAGCAUUUAAUCACCAUGAAAUUUGUACAAGGAACAACCUUUUGAAAUCUAAAGGUCAGUGCCAAGAUAAUUAACAUUUUAGACAAUAAGUUUACGGUGUAAUAGACCUACUGAAAUCUUAGUCAAAUUGGUUAUCUAUAUUUAAUCUUGUUAAGAAUUCCUUCAAAGUUUCCACUGCUUAUUUUCCUAGGGCUUUCCAGUCUUAUGAAAAGAACUGAAAUAGAGCUUUAAAACAAUCUAUUUCAAUGAAUCCAUGUAGUAAAUAGGUAGUGUUGCCAUGAGUCAGUUAUAACAAAAACCAAAACUGUAUGAACAUUAUCAGCCUGUGAUUAUAAGGGUCUUUUCUGUUAAAGAAAGGAUUUAUGUCCACAGGGCUCAGAAUUCAUGAGGUUAUACUAUUCUAUAGAUUAUUACUUUAAUUAACAUCCAAGGGUAACCCUGCCAAGUGCAGCCUGGAAGUGAGGGGAGUUAAUGGCUUCAGGAACAGCCCUCAACCAAUGGGAAUAAAUGUUCCAGGCCUCCAUCCUUCAGAUGGACAACUCUACUUUUCAGGAGGUACCAGGGGUCAAGUUAGGAGUGACCUUGACAGCACACUCUUAAUAUUGGCUUUUCUUCCUUCCCUGAUUCACUUUCCCCCACUCCUGUUUCCCAGAAUCAUCUCACAAAUAAACAACCUGCCCUCAGUCCAAGUGCUAGUGUCAAGUUCUGCUUUAGGGAAAAUCUGAAUGAAGACAUUUGGUACCAGAUCUGGCUCUAGAAAGCAGACCAUUGUAAUGGGCCUCUUGAAAUGUCUUACCUACUGAUGUCAUGGCUAGUGGUAAGUGGGGUGGUGUUAAUUCUUUGCAAUGCUAUAGCGUCACAAUUGCUAAGGUUCUUGGUGUAUGCGUUGGGAUGAGGUAUAAACGAAAGGGAAAGCACUGAGUUGGUCAGAGGCCCAGAACUUGAGUGGUAUGGGGCAGUGGUGAUUCUAAAGAUGGUGGAGUUGGCUGGAUGUCUGCCUUGGAAUCCCUGAAGGAAAAGAAGAGAUGCAAGUCAGCCAACUAUUAACUCAAGGGAAGCUGUAAAUGCCAGAAGGCUUGCUUGGCAGCAUAUGUGGAGAUCCUUGUUUCUUGUAGCUAUAGGGCGGCCUGUGCUAACAAGCAGGCUCUCAAUUUAAUAAUAAGGUGGCAGGUCUGCAAAGAAUACUAGAAUGCACAGCUUCCACCAGUCUCCCAUGCUAAAGUCAGGGUUCCAGGGUAAAUAAAUUUGCAAAGAUGUGUCUGAGAACCUUGGAGCCCUCCCCGUAUUCCUCUGAACCCACCUAGCUGGCAGAAGCAGUGGUCCUCCUUGCUAGAGGAGAGAGAACAGCCUCCCUUCCCUGGAGACCAUGCAAAGCCUUAUCUAAGAUGGCUGUGUUGCAAGAUGAUGUUUAUUCUCAAGAUCUGACACUCUCUGACACUCUCAUCCGCACCUUCCAGCUCAUUGCCUCCAGACCAAUAACUAGGGUCAAGUCUCAGCAUAACCCAAGAGGGGAGGUUUAAUACCUGCUGUGAUAGAAAUAGAUGUUCACCAAAAUAAUCUCAGGGCAUGGCUAGUCUGUACUGUGUAGAACCAAGGAAGCAUGUGCAGGAGUGGAUUUUGACUGUGUUGAGGUGGAUGAGGAGGUGGAGGAACAGAAUAUAGAGCUCGUUAGGGACAGUGAAAUGAUUCUGGAACACUCUCCCAUGACUCAGGAUGAAAUGUCCUGGCAAAGAAACACGCAGCUGGUUCCAAUAUCCUUCUGGGUGGCUGCGUGAAGCUUAAACAUGAUGUAGAAGCAUAUGGAGGACGGGGUCCCUAUGCUCAGAAUGGUGGGCAUGCUAGAAUAGAUUUAUUAGAGAAGAUUGGGGAAGCUGCCUGCUGACUAGAUUCUCAAAGAGGGCUCAGAAGGUACCCCUUUUAUAAAGGAGAUGAGGAAUGCACUAGCAAGAGGCACCAGAAUCACUGAAAAGUGUCAGUGGUGGCUGCCUUUGUAAGGCUGGGACUGACGGUAGUAGGUGCCGUUGCAGAAAUGAUCCUCCUGGUGUCGAUGGGAGCAGUAAGAUUUCAGACUAACAGAGACCAGUGGCAGCAUGUAAGCAUCAGGCGCAAGGGAGACAUAGCUAUUAUAAUGACCAGCAAGAGGAGUGUCAGGCAGAGCGCCUUGACCUGCAAGGAUCUGCAGUGAUGGUUAAUAGACUAUGGUGUUCUCGAGGCUGAGACAAACGGGUCACCAACUGGGGAAUGCUUGAUUACUAUAACCAGAAAGAAAAUAAGACUUGAUGAGCCAAAGAGUGAUGUCAGUUUCCACUAUAAAUGAUUUCUCUUCCGGUUUUCAUAUUUCAGUAGUUCUGACACACAAAGCCUUCUGAAAGGGGGGGUGGGUCCCUGAAGGUAGGCUUCUGCAACCCUCCAGCAAGUAAAUACAGUGCAUAUUCCUGUAGUUCUUCCCCAAGUAGAAGUCCACACGGGGGAAGUUUCAUAUGAGCCCUGUCCAUAUAGGCGUAGGGUCUGAGCUCAAAAUGUUAAAGGCUCCCCAUUAUAUUCCUAUUCAAUUCAGUUGCAUAACCUUUGCAAAAACCAGAUGGAUGGUUGCAAUAAAGGUCGGCUAUAUAAACUUAAACAAAGGUAGCCCCAAUGAUAGCUGCUGUAAUAUAUGUGGCAUCUAUUUGUUACAGAUCUGCUACUCCAUAUAUGGCUAUUGGAGUAUGCCAUAAGUGGCUGCUCCCCAUAUGGGGAAUGCAGUUUCUUUUUUCCCCCCAAUUCUGUCAGUAACAGAUGUCCAAGGUGUUCACAACAUGGAGCAGACAGUGAUGUACUCACUGGCUUGGACUAAGGUUAUAUUAACUCUCCUGAUAGCUGACACAAAAUAAUUUCCAUGGACCUUGACCCUCUUGAUAUUUUGCAGCAUAAUAUGUUGAUCCAUUAUAGCAUUGAUAUAUUAAUUUGACCUGGUGAGCAGAAAGUAGCAUAGACUGUGUAUGCUUUAGUUAGAGUUAUGUUCUCCAAAGGAUGAAAGAUAAAAUGAAAAAAUAUUCAGAGGAUUGCCAUAUUGGGACAGUUAUUAGAGGUCCAGUUGCCUGGGGUUUGCUGGGAUAUCUUCUUUCAGUAGAAAAUCAAAUUCUAGCACAUUGUGCCCUCAGCCACUAAGAGGGAGGCUUACUGCUUAUUGGGUCUCUUUGGAUUUGGGACAUAACCAGUUUUGAGUGGAGAGCACAACAAGGGAGGACUUUACCGUAGGCUAAGGUUAUACAGCAAUCUGCCCCAAACUUGUGCUAAAUGAUCCAGCAGAUCCAGUCAUGCUGGGAUGUAUCUGUGCUAGAUGUAUCUAUGUGUAUAUCUACUGUUUAGCCUCUGACCUCCUCUACUAGGAGAAUUGCAGUGCAGAUUUACAGGGUUCUGGACAUAAUCAUGCCUUCUGUAGCAGUGAACCACUCACCAUAGGAAAAGAGGUUCUGUAGAGACUGAGUAACUGAUCAUAGUGAUGAGAAUAGUGUUGCUCACCAUGGGCUGGACAUCAUCAUGACCACUGAGUCACAGGAGCUGCCACAAUCCAUCGUAUGAUGAAAUGGUUCAUAAAGGUCACGUCCAAGCAGGUCUAGAGAGUGUCACCUUUGUGACACUAGUGCCUUUUCCUCAAUUCAUGCACAUGAUCUCACAGUAGCCUCUAGAUGAUCCAGUGGUAGGAGAGGAAAAUUCUUGUGUCUGGUUCAUCAGUGUAUUGGAGGAAGAAGAAGAUGGACAGUUGUCACACUAUAGUCAUUCAAUAUUGACUUUCAAGGACAGGCUGAAGGGAAUUCUCCCAGUGGACAGAGAUACAACUGGUACACUUGGUUGUUUGCUUUGUAGGGGAGGAGAAGUGGGCAGGGAUAUGGAUACACAUAGGUUUCCAGGCAGGGACAGAUGGCUUGGUUAGUUAGUCAGGGACAUGAAACUAGCAAGAUUGGAAGGUUGGAGACAUGAAGAUGGACCUAUAGGAGUGGGCACAAGGGCAUCUGCUCCAGGGGGAUGCUCAAUAACCAGGUGGACAGGAUGACCUACUCAGUGAAUAGCAGCAAUAUCUCUCCUUGGCCACCCAUUGCUUGAGCAAGGAGUUGGCCACACUGGUAGGAAUGGAGGCUCUGCCUUUUCCCAAAAGAAUGGGCUGCCUCUCACAAGGCAACCUGUUGGCUACUGGCUACUGCCAAUGCUGAAUUUCCAGCAUGUUAGCGUCAGAGAAGGAAAUCGCACCCUCAGUAGGGUAUGCUGUCUGAAGGACAUCAGCCAGCUGCUUGGUGGCAGGUUGAUUACAUUAGGCCUCUUCCACUUUGGAGGUGACACUUCAGACCGUAUUCUGCCAGUCUAUAGCUGGGACUUGAUUCUAUUUAAGGAGAAAUAUAAUUCUUUUGAGAGUAGAAUCAUAAAAGGGAUCCAUAAAAUUCUUUGAGGUAUUUCUGGUUUCAGCGUAAUCACUAACAAACCAUUUGGCCUCAUUCCCUCCAGUUCUUCCUUUAGUGGACACGAGGUGGGACAGUGACCCAUUACCAUUUUUCAUGAGAGAGCCUUUAUUUAAAAAAAAAAAAAAAAGGUUGCAAAUGGCUUCUCCAUGAGUAAAAAGUCCUAGUCCCAACUUCUCAGGUUUUCCUGCGUAUCUAACCCCCCUCUAAAUUUCUAGCAUCGCUUUCUUACCAGAAGCACAUGAGUGUUUGCCUAGUCUUAACAAAAAAGAUUCUGACAUUUUGAACCAUCUUUAUAGUAACAUUAAUUAAAGCAGUGACGGGGCACUUUCUCCCUGCUAGUCGCUAGACUAGGUGUUUUUAAUAAGGUAUUUCAUUUACUUUCCAGAAUAACUGUACCGGGUAAAUGUUAUAAUCACAUUGUCGACGAGGACACCAAGGAUCAGAGAAGUUAGAUAACUUGCCCACAGCUGGCCAGUUGGGCAGCUAGGAUGGAAUCCACCUGUGGUCUUCAGCAAUGUGUAGAAGAUUCUCACUUGUUUUUUGAACUUCAGAGUUACAUAACCCACUGGACCAAUUGAUUCGUUAUGCUCCAAGCAUUACCUUUCCUCUUCUCUUUUUCAUCCCCAAGUAUUUAUUGGACGUCACAUCACCUGCACAGGCACUGUUCCAGGUUUUGGCGCAUUUACUAGCCACAAAGAUCACAUGUGUUUUGGUAACGCAAGGCUCUUGCCUCUGCAUUCGUUGGUGCAGGACACUGGAAACUAGAGAUUACAGCUAGGGCAUUUUGGCUUGAUGGAUGAGGAGAAAGGAGUGCAGGAGGCUGGUUGGCUGGACUAGCAGGGCGCGGUUAUACCACUGUUGGCCACCAGAUGGCAGAGGCGUCCAGGGCAGCACAGCCUCAGGGAGGCUCUGGUGCGCUGAGGCCUGGCUGGGCUACAGGCUUGAGAGCCAAGGGCCGAAGGGUUUGUUAACACUGUUUUCACCAGGGACGUUCAGUUGCUUAGACAAAUAUAAUUCAGAAAGAUAGAGAAUAGGAUUCUCUGGUGACUUUCUUUUCUUUUCUUUUUUUAAGCUUUAUUUAUUUUGAGAGAGAGUAUGCAUGCACAAGCGGGGCAGGGGCAGAGAGAGAGAGAGAGAGAGAGAGAGAGAGAGAGAGAAUCCCAAGCAGG